AUGAGUAUUACACAUUGUAUAUUUGAUUUGGAUGGUUUACUAUUAGAUACCGAGUCGAUAUAUACUGAAUGUUUACAAAUAUUAUGUGCGCCCUACGGAAAAAAUUUUAGUACAGAAACAAAACUACAAAUGAUGGGAAAAUCAUCAUUGGAAGCUGGACAAAUCUUAAUACGAAACUUAAACUUACCUAUGACCGAUGAAGAAUUUUUAACAAAGUCCAACGAUAUAUAUCAAGAAGCAUUUCCAUCAGCUGAACUUUUACCUGGAGUUGGACGUCUUAUUCAACAUUUAGCUUCUUAUAAUAUUCCCAUGGCAAUUGGUACCGGAUCUUCACAUGAAUUAUUUUUGCUCAAGACAAGUGGUCAUCGUGAAUUGUUCAGAUUAUUUGAUCCCGUUAUUUGUACAGAUGCAACUGAAAUACGUUUAACUAAACCUGAACCAGAUGUGUUUCUAGCAUGCGCAGAAAAAUUUCCUAAUCCACCACUAUCAAUGAGUCAAUGUUUAGUUUUUGAGGAUGGAGAAAAUGGUGUACGAGCUGCAAUUGCUGCUGGGAUGAAAGUUGUACUUGUACCGAGUUUACCAUUAAGUAAUUAUGAUCAAUCGGUUAUUCAACAUGCGACACUUACGUUGGAUAGUCUUCUUAAAUUUGAUCCUGCCGAAUUUGGUUUACCACCGUUUGAUGAUAUUUAA